CUCGGCGGUGCCCAACACGAAUAAAAUCACAUCGAUGCUGGCAGCCCGAGCUUUCAGUCUUGCGCAUCGAGUCCGUCGCCCCGCGGUCUCGCUUGCCUCUCGCGUCGCCCCCCGCGUCUUCCUCCAGCGCCACUUGAGCACCAUGAAGGUAUACACCAAAACAGGCGACAAGGGUACGUCGCAGCUCUUCUCGGGCGAGCGCCGGUCCAAGGACGAUGCUGUCUUCAUGGCGCUCGGCGACACGGACGAGCUCAACGCGCAGAUCGGUGUCGCCUUGACGCACUUCCAGAGCCUGCACCUCGAGACGACGCUCACGCCGGGCCUUGAGUUUGCUUCGCGCCUCGAAGAUAUCCAGUCGCGCCUCUUUGACGUGGGCGCGAGCGUGGCCACGCCAUUGAGUUCGGCCGGCAAAAGCAAAAUCCGCCGCGCCCAGUUUGACCCGAUCAACGUCACGCUGCUGGAAAACUGGAUCGACAAAAUGGACGAACAUCUCGAGCCGCUGCGUAACUUUUUUUUGCCGAGCGGUGGCGGCUUGACGUCGUGCCACUUGCACGUCGCGCGGGCAGCGUGCCGCCGGGCCGAGCGCCGCGUCGUCUCGAUUGGCGCCGACGACACGGACCCCGCCGUUGUGCAAUACCUCAACCGCCUCAGCGACUUUCUCUUUGUCUCGGCGCGCUUUGUCGCACACCUCGAAGGCAAAACCGAAACGAUCUGGAAGAAGCAGCUCGUGUCGAGCGAGCUGCCCACGACUGAGUAGGAAACAUCGACUGCCUGAAUACGUAGUACUGUCGAUUGUGAGUUGUCUUUGCUUGAAAUCGUACACGUCGCGUGCGUUAUCAUCUGCGAAGACGGUGAUGGCGUUCUGCUUCAGCACUUCUACUGA